AUGACCUCGUCAACUUCCGGACUAGAACGCCAACUCAGACAGGCUCUCUGUGACCAUCCACGUCAACAUGCGUACCGCUAUACCGACAAGGCUAGGUGUAGCCUGUUGGAGGGCCUCUUCCGAUCUCUGACGAACGAUCGACCCGACUACUUCCAAGACCUUUUCCCCAAUGGCUUCCCAGAGUCUUGCAAGUUACAAGAUGCGCAAGGAGUACAAGAGAAUGCUGAAUACUCUGCUGCUGCAAAAGGGCAUCCUUGUGGACACAUUUUCAAGGCUGGAGAGGCUAGCUAUCAUUGCAGUACAUGUACCGAUGACACCACUGCGGUGCUCUGCUCCCGCUGCUUCUUCUCCAGCGAUCAUGAGGGACACCAGUACACCAUCGGUCUGAGUGCGGGCAACAGUGGGUGCUGCGAUUGUGGCGAUGAUGAAGCGUGGAAGCGGCCGGUGAAAUGUGCCAUCCACACCGCAAGCGACGAGUGUACCACGACAGCCGAACAUAGUUCCCCGUUACCGGUCGAUUUGCAAGAGUCUAUCCGUACCACAAUUGGGACUGUGCUGGACUAUUUUUGCGAUGUUAUCUCGUGCUCGCCAGAAAAUCUCCGGUUGCCCAAGACCGUGGAAUCAGUGACGCAGGACGAAAUCAGAAGCCGGCUCACCGCUGAACAUUACGUUACAGGAGACGAGAUCGAAACCAAUCCGGAAUUCUGCUUGAUCAUAUGGAACGACGAGAAACACACAAUCCGUGAGGUGCAGUCGCAAGUUGCCCGAGCCUGCCGUGCUCGCGAAUCAUUUGGUCUAACCAAGGCUGAGGAAGCAAACGAUGUCGGCAGAAGCGUGGUCAGACAUUCCCGCGAUUUGAAGGAGUUGACAAAGAUGGCCAAGAUCAUCGAAGAGAUCAAAGUCACUGUUACCAUCAGAUCUUCUAGAGAUACGUUCCGGGAACAAAUGUGCGGCACCAUUAUCGAGUGGCUCGCCGACAUCGCUGGAUGCAGUAUCGGGGGAGAUAGUCAUAUUCUACGACGCAUAAUCUGUGAGGAGAUGCUGCAGAUCUGGCGUGUUGGCAGCGAGGCUUGGAAUGCCAAAGUGGGUAGAGAUGAUUUGGACGACCACGGCCAGGAGGACGAUCGAUACUUCCGCCGGAGAGCUAGGUUAAGGUACUUCGACCCUAUUCAGUGGGCAUUACAAAGGGCAAUGGCACCCGAAACCUUGGAGGAUGAUGUCAUCAGCGACGAUGACAAUGAUGCCGAAGAUGCCGGUGAUUUCGAAGACGACGACGACGAUGAUGAUGACGAUCUUGAGGUGGAACGAGAGAUGAACGACAUCAUUCUCAGAGCCACAGCAAUCGAGGAGGCGGACGAUGACCUCCAUGACCAUUCAGCUGAUCCAGAUGUGACGGAUGAUGCAGAAGAAAUGGACACUGAUGGUGAUGGUGAUGGCGAUGGUGACGGCGAAGGAGAUGGAGGCUCAGAGAAUGACGGGGACGACCAUUUCCUAGAUGUCCCGGAGAGAAUGGACACUGAUGCCACGCCGCCUCCCCCUCCGCCGGCUCCUACGACAGAUACGGCAGAAGCGAGCACUACUGCCAGAGGUAGGAGAGAAGACUCUCCGAUCGGUCCAGAUAGAAAUGCGAACUACCUCAAUAUUCCCAGGACGCCGGCGGCCUCAGCUCGUACCGAACGGUCAGACUCAAGUCUUCCCAAUUAUUGGAAGUUCUUGCCACCAGGUCCGCAAGCACACGAGCAUAAUAUCCCUGUCUAUGAGGAUCUGAGCAAGAAUAUACGAGUUGACUCAAUGAUCUUAUUCGAUCUUCGACUGUGGAAGGUGGCAAGGACCAACAUCCGGGACUUGUUCAUCAGCACACUGGUCAAUAUCCCUCAAUUCAAACGUAUUCUCGGUUUGCGCUUCUCAGGCUUGUACACGACGCUUGCCCAGCUAUAUCUGGUAGCAGACAGAGAGCCAGACCACUCCAUCAUCAAUCUGUCCCUGCAGCUGCUGACCACGCCCUCCAUUACAGAGGAAGUCAUCGAGCGAGGGAACUUUCUGACGAAUCUCAUGGCUAUUCUGUACACUUUCCUCACGACUCGUCAAGUCGGCUUUCCAAAGGACCUUGAUCCUGGAGCCACUCUUGGUUUUGAUGCUGGGUCGGUCGCCAACCGUCGAUUGUACCACUUCUUUUCCGAUCUGAGAUAUUUCCUAGCCUCACCAUUUGUGCAGGCCAAGGCUCGCAGUGAACCCCAGUACCUUUUCCAAUUUCUGGAUCUGGCCAAGCUCUCUCAGGGUAUCUGUCCUAACGUUAGGGCCGUCGGCGAACAUGUCGAAUAUGAAACGGAUGCUUGGAUAAGUGCCUCUUUGUUAACUAGGGAUAUCAACAAAUUGUGCCGUCAGUUUGCCGAAGCCUAUUAUCUGUCCAAGGACAGCAGCCUCUCUACAGUCCGUGCUACUUGUGAGGCAAUCUCAUACGCGGCUGGCAUGGCCAUCAUCAACUCUGUUGGACUUGAGCGGCGUCGAUUCGAUCAAGCCGAGAUCAAAGAUCUGGUUCGAUUUCACGAAGUUGGGCCUUUCGGGGACUCAACAGGCACCACUUACAAAGUGGUCGAGUUCGCGGUGGAGAAUGGUGCGCUGAGUUUCCAUCAUCCUCUACACUAUACUUUAUCUUGGCUGCUGGAAGGCGGAAAAGAGACGAGACAAUCGAUAGAAGCUCUUCGAGAGGCCGCGCACGCAUUCCUUCGGCAUCUCCAUGAGCUAAAUCUGCCUCCUCGUGAGAGCAUAAUCAAGUCAACAGUCGCGACGGUCGACGACGCUCUCCUGGCCAUGUUUGACUUCCCACUGCGGGUUUGCGCAUGGCUGGCGCAGAUGAAAGCGAAUCUGUGGGUGCGUAAUGGCAUGAGUCUGCGGCAUCAGAUGCUGCAAUACAAAGGUGUGGCUCAUCGUGAUGUUGGCUACCACCGCGAUCUGUUCCUCUUGCAGACGGCUCUUGUGGCGUGCGACCCGAGUCGAGUUCUCGCUUCGAUGAUCGACCGAUUCGGUCUGACCAGGUGGUUGCCAGAUGGCUUUCGCUCUCUGGACAUCUGCGAUGACAGUCAGAUGUUGGACCUCGCGGAGGAAUUCCUGUAUCUGCUGAUCAAUCUGCUCUCCGACCGUGACGCACUAGUGGCAGAUCGGGAUAACCCUGAAUCACAGUUAUCGGCAGUGCGAAAAGACAUCGCGCAUACACUGUGCUUCAAGCCUCUGUCAUACUCAGAUCUAUGUGCUCGCCUGACGGAGCGAACGCAGGACCAUGAACAGUUGCAGGAGGUACUCGAGCAGAUGACAAAAUAUCGCCCUCCAGAAGGCCUGCAUGACUCUGGCUUGUUUGAGCUGAAGGAAGAAUACCUACAAGAGUUGGACCCCUACAAUUCUCAUUUUACCAAGAAUCAAAGAGACGAAGCCGAGAACAUAUACAAACAAUGGGUGGCUAAAAAGAUGAACAAGUCGCCCGAGGAUAUUGUUCUUGAACCCAAGCUGCAUCCGAUCCGCUGCGAAGCCUAUAGCAACCUCUGUGAAGUGGUGCACACACCUAUCUUCUCCGAAGUACUGUUCAAUGCCCUUUCAUACGUGGCGCACGGUUACAAGUCGAAGUCGGGCGUGUCCGUGACGCGUGUGGAGGCAUUCCUGCACAUCGUUCUACAGCUCAUUCUGAUUGCCACACUAGAAGACCACUCAGGUGAGGACGGGUCUGAUGUGCCUUCAUUUGUACAGAACACCUUCAUCCGACAUUCGCAUUCACCUCACGCUUCAAACUGGACGAUUGUUACUCUUCUUCACACGAUAUACCAAGUCGAUGAAUUCAGCGCUUGCAGAAGCAAGAUAAAGCAUAUUCUGAGAUUAUUCCUUGAAAAGCGGCCACAGCAGUUCGUCAGCGUCGUUGAGCACCUUGAUUUCCCUACUGACAGGUUCAACACCGCAUCUCCUGCCAAUUCGGAGGCGGAGAUGGAAGCCAAGAAGAAGCAGGCAAUGGAGCGGAAAGCACGAGUCAUGGCUCAGUUCCAGCAACAGCAACAAAACUUCAUGGACAAACAGGGAGUGAUUGAUUGGGGAGACGAGGACUUGGACUCUCCUGAGGAAGAGCUGCCCAAGAGCACAGAGACCCGGCACUGGAAGUAUCCUUCAGGAUUAUGUAUCCAGUGCCGAGAAGAUACGUCGGACUCACGUCUGUACGGUACGUUUGCCAUGGUCAGCGAUGCCCACAUUUUACGAGAGACGCCUGUCACAGAUGAGGACUUUGUGGGCGAGCUCUUUGCAGUACCCGAGCAUUUGGAUCGCUCCGCCGAGUCGAUCCGUCCGUUUGGAGUAUCCGGCUCCAAUCAUGCACAGGUGAAGCGACUGACGGCUGAGGGCCAAGAAGUCACGGUUGAUUAUCAGGGUCUAGGAAAGGGUUGGCCAAAAGACUGCACGAUGAAAGGGCCGGUUUCGACAAGCUGUGGCCAUAUCAUGCACUUCACCUGCUUCGAGAACUAUUACCAGUCGGUCACUCGACGCCAUGGACAGCAAGUUGCCAGGAACCACCCGGAACGGAUUGUUCUUAAGGAGUUUGUCUGUCCCCUAUGCAAGGCUCUGGCGAACACUUUUUUGCCAAUCGUUUGGAAGCAUUCCAAGCAGUCAUAUCCUGGAUCCUUGCACGUUUCUCAACAAUUUGAUUUCUUCCUGGACAACGAUCUUUCUGCCAUCACCGGUUCCGCGGCCUCGGCGGAGGGGGACAAAUUCGAUGCCAUGGCUUCACAAGUGUAUAGCGAGACGUUGUCCACCUUCUCUAAUCCUUCUCUUACGCCAGCCAUUGCUCGGUGGCAGGAAGGAGACCUCACCAUCAGCCCGACAAGCCAAGCAUGGGCGGAGCGACCUGAGCUAGCAGCGUUUGCUGAAUUGGCCAGCAUCUAUGGGCGGUUGCGAGAGUCUCUGUCGAUCGUGUCGUGGGUGAAUCAAUCAUCCCAGCCUGCUCGUCGCGAAAAUCCUGUUAAUCAUGUCGAGCUUCUGGUUAACACUCUCGCCAACACGGUGGCUGCCGUGGAAAUUGGACAUCGUGGCCGUGAGGCUGAAUUUGGGACGUCCGUUUUGACGAGCGUACCUCAGCAGACCCUCAGUCACCUGCAGACUCUUUCAUCAACGUUGCGAGCGUAUAUUGCAACUGGAGCAUUGACUGUGCGAGGUUCGGCAGAGUUUCAAUACAAAGAACUCUCUCAACGGAUUGAACGGCAACUCGCCGGUACUUCGGUUCGCUACACAGCUCAGAACAACAAUGCUGACCCACCAAGUUCGCUUUUACGGACCGACUCGUUCCAACUUCUCGUCCAGGCCACAAUGCUGUUGUGCCCCAUUCGCAAGCUGGAACUCCGGCACGUGCUGCAGUUAACGUUGACAGCCGAGCUCUUGCGAGUUGUGUUGACGUUCGUGCUUGGGCACAAGGCCUUUUUCAAGUCGACCGAGAACCUGUCCAAAAAUCAGAUUCGUCAUGCGGUUCCUCUGAAUGCGGAUCCUGAAGAAUUGCGCAGUGUUAAGACUGUUAUCGGCUGGAUUAGUCAAUGUAUCCAGCAAGCUGGCGUAGAGGCUAGUCCGUUAUUUGAUCAGCUCCAAGAAACCAUGGCACGCAUGUCAGUGACAGAAGCGGGAGCGUUAUUCAGGCUCUGCAAAGUGUACGCUCUCGCAUUUCUGCGAAAGACUGCCAUCCUCGCCCAUGUCGCGCAUGGCAUCGACUUCCCCACCACGGUCGGCUCGGAAGCCAGCCUGCCGGAACUCGACCGUCUGUUGCAUCUCUUCCAACUGCCCAAGAUCAGUGACAUUUUGUUGGCAUUUGAUGAGUAUUCGACUUCUCGCGCCUUGAAGAAUCAAGCCGGUGCCUGGAUCUCAGAUAGCAUCAGGCAAGAAGCAAGCAGGGUUGAUGCCAACAGCGUCCGUCAAACCCCAUUGGGCAUCCGAUUGCUUCAUCCGGCCCCACUAGAGCUGAUCGGGCUCCCGAGGUACUUUGACGUUCUCAUGGAAGAAUCUCACCGCCGCAAGUGUCCCACUACUGGCAAGGAAGUGUCGGAGCCGGCACUGUGUCUGUUUUGCGGGGAAAUCUUCUGCUCUCAAACCGUGUGCUGCCUCACGCCUGACAAGCGCGGCGGUUGCAAUGCCCAUGUGGACAAGUGUUCGAGCCCGAUCGGCAUGUUUCUGUUCAUCCGCAAGUGUCACGUGGCCCUCCUGCAUGUUGUGAAAGAUCCCAGAAAGCUGGGCGACAGCGAGGGUACAGGUAGCCGGGGUGCUCAGAUGUUGUCGCUGGGUCCUCUUACCCUAAGUCAUGGCUCGUUCUUCCCGGCGCCGUACUUGACUAAGCAUGGAGAAACCGACUCGGGUCUCCGGUCGAAGCAUCAGUUGAUCCUCAAUCAGAAACGAUAUGAUAAGCUUUUGAGGGAUACUUGGUUGAUGACCAACGGGAGCGUCUGGAGUACUAUUGCUAGGAAGCUGGAAAGUGAGGUCAAUGCUGGCGGAUGGGAGACAUUGUGA